GGUGGAAAUGGACUUCAUGUGUGGAUGGACUUCUGUCCGUUCUUGAUCCACUUGUACCACAGGUUGCAAUGCAUAUGCUAAUCACAACGUGGCCAUAGAGCGUGUUCACUAAUACCUGUGUACAGCCAUGUCAAGUAUGGCGCCCGAAUUGAAAUUCACGACGUUGGAAGAAAUCGACGAGAUCUAUUCCACCCUCAACAAGACCUUCCGGUCAGGCAAGACUAAACCUAUUGCAUUCAGAAAGGUUCAGAUCCUGCAACUUGGUUACCUUCUGCAGGACAACCUCGAAAGAUUCAAAGAGGCCUUGGCCAUUGACCUUGGGAGACCUUCGUUAGAAUCUUCAUUCCUUGAGCUUGACUCGACUAUAAGUGACUGUAAGAUCGCUUAUGACCGGGUGGAAAAGUGGGCUCGAACCGAAAAGGCACCUUUCAAUAUCAAAUUUGCUGCUUUCCGUCCAGUUAUUCGCAAGGAGCCAAAGGGUGUUGUGCUAUCCAUUAGCCCAUUCAACUACCCCGUAUGGCUUGCUCUUGGACCCGUCAUUGGAGCAAUUGCCGCUGGCAACUGUGUCGUUCUCAAACCGUCUGAAUUAGCUGCCGCUACAAGUGGUCUCAUCGCGGAACUUAUUCCAAAGUAUAUGGACAAUGAUGUUAUUCGAGUCGUGUUGGGUGCUGUUCCGGAGACCAGCAAGCUCAUGGAAUACCAAUGGGGUCAUGUCCUGUACACCGGGAACGGGCGAGUAGGAAAGAUCAUAGGCGUAGCCGCUGCGAAGACUCUUUCGCCUAUCAGUCUCGAGCUCGGAGGGAAGUCCCCUGUUGUUAUCGACCCUAAGUGUAACUUCAAAAUUGCUGCACGCCGUAUCCUGUGGGGCAAGUGCGCUAAUGCGGGUCAGACUUGCGUUGCACCAGAUUACGUCCUCGUCCCGCGCUCUUCCGAAGACGCGUUCAUAAAGGCCCUCAAAGAUGCACACGACGAGUUCUAUCCUUCUGGUGCUACCAACACUCAGGAUAUAAGUCAUAUCAUCAGUUCCGCGCACUUCCAUCGUCUCAAGAAUUUGCUCGACAACACUUCCGGCACCAUCAUCUUUGGCGGGCAGACCGACGAGUCACGAAAAUUCAUAGCCCCUACCGUGGUUAAAGGUAUUCAAGGUGAAGAUUCCCUAAUGAGCGAUGAGCUGUUCGGGCCGAUCCUGCCUAUUAUGGCUGUGGACGAUGUUGAUGCAGCAAUUGCAUACAUCAAUGCUCAUGAUCAUCCUCUCGCGUUGUACUGUUUCUCGUCGGAUACAGCCUUCAAGAACAAGGUGUUUGACAAUACUCAGAGUGGCUCAGCCGUCGCCAAUGAUGUGUUGUUACACUGCGGCACUGAUGGAUUGCCAUUUGGUGGUAUUGGCCCCAGCGGAUCUGGGUAUCAUGCACGAGGUUUUACUUUCGACAUGUUCACGCACCUACGUGCCUCACUUGACUCCCCUGGGUGGAUUGACAAUAUCCUAGCAGGAAGAUUUCCUCCUUACAGCCCCGAGAAACUAGCUUCUCUCCGAAACUUUGGUACCAAACUUCCCCCUCGUCCCCGGAUUUCGGCAAAUGGCCAUGUACGUAGUCGCAAUAUACACUUCGAGCUUGGCUUAUUGAACAGGCCUUCUAAGGAGUUAACCAAACGGAGGUACAACACCAAAUGGCUCUUCCUGGCGGUAAGCCUAGCAAUUGUCAGCGUUGGUUACACACGUGUUGCAGAUGUUGGUGAGUGGGCGAGGUGGUUGAAGGGGUUAAUCAAGUUGUAGACUUAUUUUUUAAAAUAUUUCUUUCUGUUUGGGUUUGAUACUCAAGGACUACUCGCCGCUAUGUCCUUUUCUUUAGUAUUCGUUAGUUAUCAGGCAUUUCUUGCUAUUAAUCUCGUUCAUAUGAGAAGCUCCCUGAGGAUUGAGUCAUCCGGAAUCAAC